AUGCAAAUGAUAUACCCCGAGGAAAGGGAGUAUACCAAUGCCAUGAAGAAGAAGAAGAAGAAGAAGAAGAAGAAGAAGAAAAAGAAGAGAAGAAACGAAAGGAACGCAAGAAAUGCAAAUGCAACGCGAGGGAAAUGCACCGUCAACAUCAACGUCAACAUCAUCAUCACAUCAGCUUAA